AUGGCAAAUCCAUCAAAUUACAAAUUCGAUAAAACAUUACUCACCGAGAAUUUAUUCUCAAUCGAACAAAAGGGAAUCACGAAAAUUAACCGAACCAAAUUUCCAAAACAAAGAAGUAAUCGUUUUCUUACAAGAAAAAAGAACAUACAAAAGCCUAAUGGUGAUCUUGGUGAAAAAUUUUCGAAAAUUACUCGCAAAACAAGCAAAAUUGAGAAGGCUCAUUCAAAUUCAGACCACAGCAGUUCAAAUUCAGAAGUUACAGAUGAACCUCUCUCAGAUGAUUCUGAUGAUGAUUUCGAGGUAAAGGCUAAAGGUAAAAAGAGUCCAUAUCCUAUUCCAGAAUUAUCAGAUGGAUCUUUUGAGACACCAAUAAGUUCAGAAUCCGAGACUUUUGAAAAUAAAAAAAUUUCAAAUGCUCCAAACGAGAAAAGUACUACAGACAAAUCUGAAUCAGACAAUGACGAGGAACCUAUAUCGUCUGAAAGCGACGUUUACAAAGAAGUUGAAGAAGUUCAAAAUUUCAAAGAAAUUUCCAACCCUGCUAUGCCCAAAAAGAAUAAUGUUGAUAGCGAUGAUGACGAUA